AUGCAGAAGCUUUUCCGGCCAGCCCAGGACCAGGUCCCAGGUCCGCAGCUCCCUGCCCAGCCUGAAACACCUCCCCCGGGGCCUGGAACACCUUCCUCGGGGAAGGCCCUGACAAGCAACAAUAGCAAUCUCCGGAUGCUGGGAGACCAAGUCCUCUGUCCCAUUUGUCUCGACGUGCUCUGCAACCCAAUCACCACCGCCUGUGGCCACAACUUCUGUAUGACCUGCCUCCAUGACUUCUGGGAUCACCAGACUGCGGUGGGCGAGACUCACUACUGCCCCCAGUGCCGACAGCGCUUCCCCAUCAGGCCCAAUCUCUGCAAGAAUGUCGUCCUCGGGGAGAUGGUGGCCUGCUUCACCCAGGCCAAGGGCCAGGCGUCGGGGCCCCUGUGGGCCCUGGCGAGCCCCCGGGAUGUGCCCUGUGACUUCUGCUCCCCGCAGAAGCUGCGGUCCGUCAAGUCUUGCUUGCAGUGCGUGGCCUCCCUGUGUGAGAAGCACCUGCGGAGCCACUUCGAAGACCAGGUGUUUCAGGACCACCAGCUGCUGGAGCCCGUCUGGGACCUGAAGACCCGCCUGUGCCGGAAGCACCGCAAGCUGCGCCGGCUGUACAGCCGCGCGGAAGGCAGCUGCGUGUGCGGGGCCUGCCAGAUGGAGGAGAACAAGACCGCGGACGCGGCGGCCCUGGCGGAGGAGCGCGCGCUCAAGGAGGUGGAAGUUCGGAAAGUCCAGGCUAACGUGGACAACCAGAUGUUGAUCAUUGCUUCUGACAGCCAGAAGCACCAAGGGCGGGUAGCCUUUCUCACAAAGCUGAUCCAAACAGUUCGUGAUGAGGUCAACAUCUGCUUCUCUGACAUCAUCCAUGAGAUCAAACAACUGCAGACAAAGGUCUUGGAUUUUGUGGAGAAAGAAGAGGCUGUCACCCUGAGGAAGCUGGACCGCGCCAUUCAGCAGAACCACAGCCGGCUCAUGAAGCUGGAAGGGGACAGUGUGUGGCUCCACAUGCUGCUCGACAACCGAACGGAUGAGCAGUUCUUACAGGAGUUCCCUAGGCUGAAACACCUCCCUGCGUUCUUAGAGCCCCUGGUGGGCACCAACUAUGAGGAGACACAGAGCUUCCUGCAGCUGCCCGAGACACUGGCCGAGCUCUGCACCCAGCUGAAGGACAAAGGGCUCAGCUUCCUCAACCAGCUCCUUCAGAAGGGCAUUAAGAUGAACUCCUAUGAUGUGCUGCCUCCGGCUGUGGACAAGAAAGAGCUCCUCCAGUGUUACUGCAACCUGAGCUUUGACCCCUCCUCAGCCAGUGAAGAUCUGUUCUUGUUCAAGGAGACAAAUUCAGUACUGAAUCUGGGCGUGGUCCUGGAUCCCUCAACCCCCGGCGGCCCCAUACCUGGCUUCAAGCAGUGGCCCCAGGUGCUGUGCUCCCGCGGCCUGUCCGAAGGCCGCCACUACUGGGAAGCCGAGGUGUCCAACUCGUGGAUGUGUCUGGGGGUCACCUACCGCCGCAGCCUGGCUCCCAGCAGCCGGACCUGCCGCAGCAUCUUCUACCUGCUCGGCCGCAACCCCUACUCCUGGUGCCUGGAGUGGGACUCGCUCAAGUUCUCCGUGUGGCACAACAACACGCAGACCGUGCUGCACGGCGCCUACCACCGCACGCUCGGCGUGUCUCUGGACUGCGCCGCCGGCUGCCUGUCCUUCUACGGGGUGGCCGGCGGCGUCAGCCUCCUCUACCACUUCCUGGCCUCCUUCUUGGAGCCUCUCUACCCUGCUGUCAUGGUCAGCAGCGGGGCUUCUGUCACGCUCAAGCAGCGCCCCGAAGCCUAG